AACCUAUGCCCUUCUUGGCUCAAACGAGAUUCCCCCAUGAUUCUCUUCUGGCGCCAGCUUUUUCGCUUUGGGACUAACCCCUCAACCAGCCUUUUCACCUUCAAAAUGCCAUGGGAGCUGCUCAGAAGUUGCUCUCACCAUCAGGAAUGACUUCCUCUAAGAACUGGACUCACCCAAACCCUCAACACUGGGAAAGCUGCCAAGUGGGAGAUGGCUCCUCCUAGGAUGGCGCCGGAGUAGCGUGACUGGGUGUGUGUGCACUGCAGUGGGUCCACGUCAGGUCCAAUGCCAGAUGUCCUACUGACUAGCUGCCUGACCCGCGGAAACCUCCUCGCCCUUCUGCGCUCAGAGACAUGGUCUCUAAAAUAGGAAUUGCAACAACAGCAAAAAUAACAACAAACAAUAAUGAUAUCAUCCACAUACAGGGCCACAGACAGAGUACAUGGCACUAGUACUUUCGGAGAUGUUCCCCUUGGGCCUGCACUGUUGAAUCUCUCCUUACUGAUGUUUCCCCCACCCUGGGUUUUGCUGUCAAAGGGGGCUUGGGGCCAGCCCUGUAGCCAGUUCCUUUCUAGUUCCACUCAAGCCUCCUUUCUCCUACCUCAGGGUUUGGAAAAACACAAAGGCAUUAAUCUACCCAACCACCCUUCCACUGUCCUCCCAUGGCAUGGAGAAGAGGACUGAGAGGUGACAGGUUGGUGUCUAACCUCCAGUGAGUGCAGCCAGCUGGGUCUCCAGCCCCACUCUCCUUUGCUGGAGGCGCAAGUUCAAAUGUGUGUCAACCAGGCCCGCUGGAAGUAGUGCUGCCUCAUGAGUGGACAGCCCUAGGAAAAUGAUCUGCAUUCAAAUACUAGAAAGCCAGCACAUUUUUCUUCUCCUGGCUCACCAGAAGGAAGGUGAAGCAAAAAAUUUAUUGCCUUAUCUUGGACCCAACAAAAUGAGAGAUUGUUUCUGCACCAUAAAUUUGGAUCAGGAAGAAGUUUAUCGUACUCAAGUUGUUGAAAAAUCUUUAAGCCCAUUUUUCAGUGAAGAAUUUUACUUUGAGAUUCCAAGAACUUUCCAGUAUUUGUCUUUCUAUGUUUAUGAUAAGAAUGUUUUACAAAGAGACCUUCGUAUAGGAAAAGUAGCCAUCAAAAAAGAAGACUUGUGUAACCACAGUGGUAAAGAAACUUGGUUUUCACUGCAGCCUAUUGACUCCAAUUCAGAGGUUCAGGGUAAAGUUCACCUUGAAUUAAAGCUGAAUGAGCUGAUAACAGAGAAUGGAACUGUGUGCCAGCAGCUUGUUGUACACAUCAAGGCAUGCCAUGGGUUGCCUCUCAUAAAUGGACAAAGCUGUGACCCUUAUGCAACAGUUUCUCUAGUGGGCCCUUCUAGGAAUGACCAAAAGAAGACAAAAGUAAAGAAGAAAACAAGCAAUCCACAGUUUAAUGAAAUCUUUUAUUUUGAGGUAACCAGAUCCAGUAGUUACACCAGAAAAUCCCAGUUCCAGGUAGAAGAGGAGGACAUUGAAAAGCUAGAAAUUAGGAUUGACUUGUGGAACAAUGGAAACCUGGUCCAAGAUAUUUUCCUAGGGGAGAUUAAGGUUCCUGUGAACGUGUUAAGAAAUGAUACCUCUCAUCAAGCCUGGUACUUGCUACAACCAAGAGACAAUGGAAACAAGUCAUCUAAAACUGAUGACCUGGGGUCUCUUCGAUUGAAUAUAUGUUAUACAGAAGAUUAUGUGCUUCCUUCAGAGUACUAUGGUCCUUUGAAAACUUUGCUGCUAAAAUCACCAGAUGUUCAGCCAAUAUCUGCCUCAGCUGCUUACAUUUUGGGUGAAAUAUGUCGAGAUAAAAAUGAUGCUGUUUUGCCCCUUGUACGACUGUUGCUGCACCAUGAUAAACUUGUUCCUUUUGCCACUGCAGUGGCUGAAUUAGACUUGAAGGAUACACAAGAUGCAAAUACAAUUUUUAGAGGAAAUUCCUUGGCUACCCGAUGUCUAGAUGAGAUGAUGAAAAUAGUGGGAGGGCACUACCUGAAAGUAACAUUAAAACCUAUUCUAGAUGAGAUAUGUGAAUCAUCAAAAUCUUGUGAAAUUGAUCCUAUUAGAUUGAAAGAGGGAGAUAAUGUAGAAAAUAAUAAGGAAAAUCUGCGCUACUAUGUAGACAAGUUAUUCAGUACAAUUAUAAAGUCAAGCAUGAGCUGCCCCACUGUGAUGUGUGAUGUCUUCUAUUCUCUACGGCAGAUGGCUGCGCAAAGAUUUCCUAAUGACCCUCAUGUUCAGUAUUCUGCAGUGAGCAGCUUUGUAUUUCUUCGUUUCUUUGCUGUAGCCGUAGUAUCACCUCAUACUUUUCAUUUGCGACCUCACCAUCCAGAUGCACCGACAAUUAGAACAUUAACUCUCAUCUCAAAAACCAUUCAGACUUUGGGAAGCUGGGGGAGUUUGUCCAAAAGCAAGUCAAGUUUCAAGGAGACAUUCAUGUGUGAAUUUUUUAAAAUGUUUCAAGAGGAAGGAUACAUUCUAGCAGUUAAAAAGUUCUUGGAUGAAAUUUCAUCUACUGAAACUAAAGAGUCCAGUGGUACGAGUGAGCCUGUGCAACUGAAAGAAGGUGAGAUGUAUAAAAGAGCUCAGGGAAGAACUCGGAUUGGAAAAAAGAAUUUCAAGAAACGGUGGUUCUGCCUAACAAGCAGAGAGCUCACCUACCACAAACAGCCAGGUAGGAAAGAUGCACUUUACACAAUUCCAGUGAAAAACAUUCUUGCUGUGGAAAAACUGGAAGAUAGCUCUUUCAACAAGAAAAAUAUGUUCCAAGUAAUUCAUACGGAGAAACCACUCUACGUCCAGGCAAAUAAUUGUGUAGAAGCUAAUGAAUGGAUAGACGUACUCUGCAGGGUGAGCCGGUGCAAUCAGAACAGGCUCAGCUCUUACCAUCCCUCUGCAUAUCUCAAUGGCAGCUGGCUCUGCUGUCAGGAGACUAGUGAAAGUGCUCUCGGCUGCAAGCCAUGUACUGCAGGUGUCCCUGCAGACAUCCAGAUAGAUAUUGAUGAAGACAGAGAAACAGAAAGAAUUUAUUCCCUUUUUACCCUCAGUUUACUUAAGCUACAGAAAAUGGAAGAGGCUUGUGGAACUAUAGCAGUGUAUCAAGGACCACAGAAAGAGCCUGAUGAUUAUUCUAACUUUGUAAUCGAGGAUUCUGUAACAACCUUUAAGACAAUUCAGCAAAUAAAAAGCAUCAUAGAGAAGCUAGAUGAACCUCAUGAAAAGUAUAGGAAGAAAAGAUCAAGUAGUGCAAAAUAUGGGAGCAAGGAAAAUCCAAUUGGUGGGAAAGCAUCCUAGAGUUUGACCAAUUGAUUCAGAACUGGAAAAUAUUUUUGUUGGAGUUUUUCAAUUCAUCAUAUGUUUUGUUUAUAGUAUUUAAGAAUGAACAUUGGCUUCAGUGUCAUCUGCAUUCACUUUGUAUUUAAUAUUUAAUAAUUGGAAUUAACUAUUUGGGAAUCCCAUAUUGAUGUAUUGCUAUAGAAUUUGAAAUCCAAGAUUCCCUUCAUAUCUGUGUGUCGAAAGCCAUGUUUCUGCAACUUUUUUUAAAUAGAAAGAAUCUUCCUAAAGAAGCUUUGUAACAAAAGGAGAACUCCGUACCAUCUGUUUUUAUAACACACUCCGUGUUCUGUGGACUUUUCACUACCAUUAGUGCCUGCUCUAUACUGCCAACAUUGUGUUGUUUUUCUAGAAAAUCCCAGGCCAUAACUCAGAGCUUUCCAUUUAUUUAGUUCACCUAGACCCUCUGCCUCCAAAAAAAAAAAAGAAAAAAAUACAAGAUUUUUCUUUGGUCCAUUAGUCAUUACAGAUUACAUUAAGAGCAUUGACUGAAACUUUAGAAAACUGCCUGAUUGAAGAUGUAAACAGAACUCAGAUAGGAGGAACCAGGGAACAUGCACUGUUGGGUGCAUCUUGUUUACAUUUGGGAUGAAUGGUGGCAAAUGAAAUAAAAUAAGACCACUAAAUUUUUUUCAUGGUUUUAAAUAUCAGGUACUCAUUUUCUUGAUUUGAGAGUUCAGGUUAACAUGACUGCUAAGGACAUUUCUUCUGAAAAAGGAGAGAGUAAACAGUGAACGAAGGUGGUGGGAAAAUCACUCGACUUCACCUGCUAUUCCAUGUUGUGUUAUAUAAGGGCCACCAUCGGGACGCCCUCUCCUAGUGUGACUGUUACCAAGUUGAGAGCCAACUCCAGAACAGUCGCCCAGCGCACUUUAAUAAUCUGGGCUCCCAGGCCCCAGAUUAUGCUUUAGAUACUCCGUGGUAUCUAAUCCUUAUGAUCAGUUCAAUGAUCGGUGUUUAAGUCUAGAAAUAGUGCUUUCCUGAAAACGUUUAUAUUUCAUUGCUAUUUCCUUAUUGCCUGCUAGCCAAAUGGUAUUUGGGCAAGCAACUGUUUGAAUCCUGUUUUAUCCUAAUAAUUUACUUUUAUCCUAAAAACCGUAACUGUAAAUAAGCAAUCGAAGCAAGUUGCCAACUUGAAGUCAAGAGGGACAUACUUUGCUUCAUCAGUAUUAAAAACCACGGUACUUUUAUUUUGUCUUUUUGAACUUAAACAUUUUCUAAAUGUGGUACUUUGAACCUUGGAGUAUUUACACGUUUCGGUUUAAAACUGUGACUUAUUAAUGUAAGUCUGGCUAGUAGUGCUUUUGUUUGGCUCCCCAGGGCCUCAUUCCUCUGCCGUUACCUAUGAAUACUUUGAUUUUUACUACCUGGUCUGCUUUCUCUGCCUUUUCCACACUUGAAAACAUAUAUGGCAGCUCACUUCACCCUAAAAACCUGGAAACCCCAAGAAGGAAAGAAAAAAAACGAUACAGACUACUCUUGCCAUAAAUGCCAGUUCUGGUUCUUAAAUUAGCCACUUCCAUCAGUUGAAAUUGAGGUGAUCUCUUACUUGUUUUGUUGUUGUUAUUUGUUUUGUUUUUUGUUCAACUUUGUGUUUUAAUAUUCAUUUAAUAAGAUGAUGGGCAAUAGCAAAGUUUUCACUCCCAGGAAUAUAAUUUAUCAAAUUGAAUGAUUUUAUUUGCCAAAGAAAUAUGUUUAUAAUAUAACAGGUAAUGGUUAAGUGUCAAAUGAGGCUUUCCUUAUUAUUCAAAAAAAUGACAAAUGCUGUGGCUUUUGUCUCUGAUUUUGAAGCCUAAUUUCAUUUAUCAGAAAGGCUCAUUCAUACCAGGUUUUAGAAAACAGAUUGUUUUAAACGUAAAAGCACCUUUAAUUUGUUCUAACGGUACAUACUGUAAAGACAGAAUGCAACAGAGCUUUUCAGGUGUGCUUGCUGAUGUGAAAAAUACAGGACUUAUUCUCGAGUUAAACUACCAGCCUUGAUUGAUAUUAUUUGCUUCCAUUUUUAUAACUUGGAAAUUAAUAUGUUGCUAGUAAAUAUCGGUUUUUACAGUGUCCAGUUUUAAAAUGUAAGUUAUCAAAACUUAAUGUAGUGCAUUUGUGUAACCAUAUUGUAUUAUUGAGAAUGUAUUUUUAUUUAAAUUUUAUUUUCUUAUCAAGAGUAUUAUAAAAAUUAAAAACUUUUGUAACUGUUGCUUGGAAAUAACUCAAAUAAAUUACAAGAAGCCCGUCUA